CAACUUCCUCAGCCCUCUGCCGGAACCGGCUCAUGCGCCGGAAGCAGUUCAGGUUUUUAGGCCGGUCGUGGAUAGGUUACCGGGGCUGACACCAUGCUGCUUUCUGCCGUCUCUUUUGCCAAGAGCAAGUCAAAAACCAUUCUGGUGAGACUAGUGAGCCAAGCUGGGACAGGUUUCUCCUUCAACCACAAGAGAAGCCGACUCCGAGAGAAGCUGACUCUUCUGCAUUAUGAUCCAAUUGUGAACAAAAAAGUUCUCUUUGUGGAACAGAAAAAAAUACGCUCCCUCUAAGUGGAUUGAAAAUGAAUUUGACUCAUGAAUGAGAAGACCCAGGAUGAGGCCCCGGCUCAGAAACCUGCAGUGUGUGCUGAAGAAGAGGAAGCGCACAGCAUGGCCUCGGGUGAGGGGAAGGCCAUUGUGAAGGAACAGUGCCAUGAAAGAAAGUUCUUCACAGAAACCAGAUAGUUAUCUCUCUGGAUUUAUUUUUUAAUUGGCAUUAAUAAAAAAAAAUGUCAAAAUA